AUGCUUCCAGCAACUCUUCGACGAUCAAUUAUUCACAAGUGUUUUCGGCGAGCCGUCGCCAGCUAUAUCCAUUGUCCGACGCCGGACAAAUUCGAAUAUGAAACGCUCGGACAAACAUUGAGAGAAUCUGUUGAAAAAUCGCCAUCCAAAGAUUUUUGUGUGUUCGCCGACGCUCAAAUCAGAAAAUCUUAUGAGCAAUUCUACAAGGAUGUGCGCCAAAUGGCGGCAAGCCUGUUCACGUUGGGCCUCAAGAAGGGUGAUCGUGUCGGCGUCUGGGGACCCAAUCACUAUGAAUGGCUCGUUCUCCAGUAUGCGAUUGCCAGCGCCGGAAUGAUUCAGGUUAAUGUCAAUCCGAAUUACCUCGCCGAUGAGCUUGGAUUUGUCAUGAGAAAAACUGGAAUGAAGGCGAUUUUCGGACCAAAAACGAAUCGAACCAUGGAUUAUUGGCACAUUCUUCUUGAGGUGGUCCCCGAAAUGCGACGCAAUCAGCCAGGCAAUGGACACAUUCGAUCGCAUAUUCUGCCGGAACUCGAGAAUGUCAUCAUGUUCGGCGAUGACGCGAAAAAUCUUGCCGGUGUUUGGGAGUUUGAGAAAAUCUUCAGCGCCGCCGGCUCGAAUGAGAUCACCCAACUGAAUGAGGCCGAGAGAAAAAUCGCGCCCGACGACGCUGUAAAUAUUCAAUUCACCAGUGGGACCACUGGACACCCAAAAGGUGCCACACUUUCACAUUUUGUUAUCAAUAAUAAUGCGCGACUAGUCGGUAUUGAAAUGGGUCUUAAUAAAGGGGAUCAACGGGUCUGCAUUCCAUUGCCAUUGUAUCAUAUUAUGGGAUGUGCAACGGGAGUUGCCAAUGUUGUAAAUCAUGCACAAACCGUCGUCUUUCCAUCGAGAACCUAUAAUGUUGAGCGCAUUUUUCAGUCGGUCGAAGCUGAAAAGUGCACUUCGCUCUUCGGAACUCCCACCGUCUUCAUCGAUUUGCUGAAAUCGCCACUUUUGCAAAAACACGAUGUUUCAUCUUUACGAGGAGGAUUCAUUGCCGGUGCACCUUGUCCGUACACCCUUUGCCAAAAAAUGAUCGAGGAUUUAAAUAUGAAAGACCUUGUGAUCGGAUAUGGAUCAACCGAAAUCCAAUUCCUCACCCUUACUCCAUUGCGCAUUGAUCCACUUGAGAGAAUCAAGAACGUCGGGCUUCCAAUGCCGCACACGGAGCUCUGCGUUCUCGGUCGCGACAAAAACCCGGUGAAGCGUGGCGAGAAGGGAGCUCUGUAUGCUCGCGCCUACUCGACAAUGCUCUCAUAUUGGAAUGACGAGCACAAGACAGCGGUUGCCGUCGCCGAAAAUCGCUGGUACAAGACUGGUGAUAUCGCAAUCAUGAACGAGGACGGAUCAAUCAGCAUCGCCGGCCGAAAUCGCGAUAUGAUUGUGAAGGGCGGCGAAAAUGUGUAUCCGGCUGAAAUCGAGCAAUUCAUGUUCAAAUUGCCAUACAUUGCCGACGUGCAAGUCGUUGGCGUUCCCGACGAUCGCUACGGUGAGCAAAUCUGCGGUUGGGUACGCCUUCGCGACGAAUUCAAAAACAACGGAAUCACUCCAGAAUCGAUUAUCGACGAUUGCAAGAAGCUUAUGGCCCUCUACAAGGUCCCACGCUACAUUCUCAUCAAGGAGGAGGACGAUUUCCCAAUGACCGUCACCGGCAAGGUGAAGAAGAACGAAAUCCAAAAGAUCAGCAAGGAACUUCUCGGGCUUACCAACGUCAAAUCUCACUUCAACGAGGUCUAA